GAAAAACUUAAUUGAACUCUAGCUCCCAACGGCAGCUUCGACAUACGGGUACCUGGCUACCUGGUAUAUACAGCUAGAAGCUUAGGUACCUAGUGGGUGAUAGCUAACCAUUCAAAGUGCUCUAUUCGAUUAAUAUUAUGGGCCCAUAAUCCUUGAGCUCCCCAUACCUUGAUGGCUUCUUGAACAUUUAUCAAACAUUUGAACAUGACAUCUCCGGAACCCGUAAUUGAUCCAUUACGUUGUCAUGGAUCUUCUCAAAGAAUAUCUUCCUCAAUCCGAGGGCUAUUUGCCCUAUUACUUAGUUGUGACUUCCAUCCUCGCCGUUGGCAAUUCUCUUCAGAAUUACUUAACGUUGCACUUUUCACGACGUCUCUAUAAUGGGCAGUUCGUACCAAACCCGUCCUUGCCCCCUAAGUCGGCCAAGUUCAACCCUGAAGAUUCGACCCAAAAGUUUUUACCAGCAAAUGCGGUAUCCAACCCGAAAGGAGCCCGUACUCAAGACCAGGUCACUCCCCUUGCCGCGAGGCUAUUUGGCACCUACACCAUCAUCUCGGCCAUCGUGCGCAUCUACGCCGCUUACUAUCUUCACCUAGCCCCCGUAUACCAGAUGACUAUAUGGACCUACGUCGUUGCGCUAUUCCAUUUUGGCUCCGAAUUCGCCGUCUACCGGACAGCCUAUCUCGGUCCGAUCGCGACUACCUUCUUCUUCGCUACCGUCGGUAUUACUUGGAUGGCUAGUCAAUACAGUUUUUACGUCCAAGCAUAAGCUAAACAGAAUACGUCGUUAGAGAAGGUGUAAACUAAUAUGUGUGCGGUUUAGUGGUGUCUGAGAAGCAGCUGGAGCACUGAGACCGUCAAGUAUUGCUGUGUACAUAUGCUACUAACUAUGUAUAUCUAACA